AUGGUGGAUUCAAACAAUCCAAAUCUAACAGAUCAACCUACACAAAAAUUUCUUUUUGAAAAUGCAAAUAAAAUAUUAUCAAACUUUAUGCCUACACAUCAGCGACGAGAGAGUAAUCAAUUACAUGCAGCUAUUGGUGUUAAAUCACAUGGAACCAUUACUUUUGCUGAUAAUAAAUCAAAUCGAGCAGAAUUUAUUCGUAUUCCACCUGAUGCUUCUGUUGCACGUGUUAAAGAAUUUCUCAAUCGACAAUGGUGUAGUGAAAGACCAUCACUUGUGAUUUCAGUUACAGGUGGUGCAAAAGAUUAUCAUAUGAAACCAAAAUUAUUGAGAGCAUUUCGACGUGGACUUUCAAAAGUAACUCGAACAACAGGUGCUUGGAUUAUAACUGGUGGUAUGAAUACUGGAAUUAUGAAACUUGUUGGUGAAAUUGUUCAAAUAAAUCCUGAUCGUUCUCGUCCAAUUCAUUUAAUUGGUAUUGCUACAUGGGGUUGUGUAUCUGGUUUUGAACAAUUAGAUGUUCAUGGAGCAAAUGUACAUUAUGCUAAAUCACGUAGUGAACAAAAAGGCGAAGCACCACUUGAACCUAAUCAUACAGAAUUUAUAUUUGUUGAUGAUGGUAGUGAAAGAAAAUAUGGACGUGAGAUUCAAUUUCGUGCUCGACUUGAACAAGCUAUAUCAGGUGGUUUUUUUGCAACACGACCUGCAACCAGUUCUAAUAGUACAUAUCCAACUUUAACAAAAACACAAUCUUUACGUCCAGAACAAUUAGACCCAGUUCCUGUUGUUCUUCUAGUUGUUGAAGGUGGUCCAAAUACUGUUCGCACAGUCCAUGAAGCUGUUGUUCAAAAUAAUAUACCAGCUGUAUUUUUUGAAGGAACAGGUCGUUGUUGUGAUUUAUUUGCUAAAGCAUUUCGUCUUUACAAUGAAUAUCGUCAAAAACUUGAACUUACCGAUGAUACUUCACAUUUGGAUCCGAGUACUGUAUUACGACGUUAUGAUGAAUUAAAAAGUAAACUUCGUGAAGAACUUAAACAUGAACUUCGUGGUAUUAGUGGUGCAAAUGAUUCAGCACAUGCUCAUACUACUAAAGCACCACGUCUAAGUACAGCAACAACUACAAAAGAUCAUAGGCCUGCUGCAGUCGAUACAACUGAUUAUUUUGAAUUAGUUUAUGAAUGUAUUGAUACACGUACGAAUUUUCUAAAUAUUGUUAGUCUUACUUCACGAAGUCCAGUUGAACCUGAUAUUGAUUUAGCUAUAUUACAAGCAUUAUUAAAUGCUACAUCAGCUCAUGAUUCAAGUAAAACAAAUAAUCAACGAAAACGUGAACAAUUUCAUUUAGCAUUAGAAUGGAAUCGUGUUGAUAUUGCAAAAAAUUAUAUUAUGAAUAAUGAACGAGAUUGGGAAAAAAUUAAUUUAAAUGAUAUGUUUGAAUUAGCAUUGAGUCGAAAUCAAACAGAGUUUGUUAAAUUAUUUCUUGAUCAUGAUUUUUCAUUAACUGAUGUUUUUCGUAAUAAUGGUAAACUCCCACUACUUUAUAUGAAUACAAUGGAAGAGCAUUAUUUUACUUCUACUUCUGUUGAUUCAUUACAAACAAUCUAUGAAGAAAUAAUUCAACCAUUAAUAGGCGAUUUUUUUGAAGUCGAAGCUGUUUUACAUCCAAAGCGACAUGUUUCUCUUAGUCGAGCGAAUUCUCAAAAUGAAAAAGAAGCAUGUUCAUGUUUUACAGCACCACGAUCAGAUCGAGCUGUUUAUGUGGAACCAAUUGUUGAUAAUCCAGAAGCAUCAACAUCGUCGUCGUCGUCGUCCGGGAUUCAUAUGGAUAUUGAUAGAGAACUUUUUCUUUGGUCUGUCAUAACUGGUAGACGUGAAUUCAAUCUAUUAUUUUGGGCUCGUGGAAAAAAUAAAAUUUGUGCUGCUUUAAUUGCUACAUUGAUAUAUCGAAAACGUGCUCGUAAAACAAAUGAUACUAGUUAUCAUCAAACAGCUGAUGAAUUUGAAAGUUUAGCUGUACAAAUUCUUGAUAGAUUUUAUCAAACAAAUACUCGUGCUUGUACAAAAGCUAUUAUUCGAAAAAUACCAGCAUAUGGUAAUGUAACAUGGUUAGAAUUAGCUAUAACAGCUGAAGCUAAACAAUUUAUUGCACAACGUGCUGUACAAGAUGUACUUAAUAAUAUAUGGUUUGGAUAUAUUGAUCAACGAGAAACUCAUAACUCAAUUAUCUUUUCAUCAAUUAUGAUAUGGUACAGUGGUACUCUUCGUUAUCAUGAUGAAUUAGUUAAAACAAAUGAACAAACAUCAUACCUUAAUGAUACAUCUCGAAAAACAAAUUUAUUACAGAAACAUCAAACAAAACACGGAAAACCUUUAACAGAAAGGACAUCAGAUAGUAUUAAUAUGAGAUUAAUGCAUGGUGUUAACGAGAUCGACGAUAUUCCUGUUACAUUCGUUGAUGUUGGCUCUUAUGAAAAAACUAGAACUCACAUAUUACGAUAUUUUGGAAAUAUUCUAAGAUUUAUACGUGCACCAAUUGUUAAAUAUUUAUAUAGUUUAUAUUUUCAUGUGGCCUUUUUAUUACUUUUCUCCUAUGUGAUAUUGUGCGAUUUUUAUCCUCUCUACGAAUUUAAAUCGGAUAUUUGUGCACCAGCUAAUCAACUCGAAAGAUUAAAAAAUAUGAAUGUUAAUGAAUCGACUACAAAUCAACAAUCAGUAUCAAGUGAACUUCAAAAACGUAAUCGACCAUCUGUUACAGAAAUAAUACUUGCUGGUUGGAUUUUUACACUAUUAUGUGAAGAAAUUCGACAAUUCUUUUCAUUGGAAGCACGAACAAUUCGUAAUGCUAUUACAGCCUAUUUUGAAGUCUUUUGGAAUAGAUUAGAUAUGUUGGCUAUAGUACUUUUUUUUAUUGGUUUUACGCUUCGAUUUAUUCCAACAACAGAAUGUUUUUGUGCAGCUCGUAUUGUUUUAUCAGUUGAUUUAACGCUUUGGUUCAUACGUUCAUUAGACUUUUUUGCAGCUGUUAAACGACUUGGUCCAAAACUUGUUAUGAUUGGAGAAAUGGCACACGAUCUGAAAUUUUUUAUGUUAAUGUUAACUGUAUUCAUUUUGGGUUUUGGUGUAUCAUCUUAUAGUCUUAUAUAUGGUGCACAAGAGUUUACUUGGCAUCUACCUCGUGAUAUUAUAAAUCUUGCUUAUUGGCAAAUAUUCGGAGAACUAAAUGCAUUAGAUACUUUUGAACAUAAUUACAGUCCAAAUGGUUAUGCAGUAUUUAUUUUACUUGUUAUUUAUAUGGCCAUUGUCAGUAUACUAUUGGUUAAUUUACUUAUUGCAAUGUUUAGUAAUACUUUUGAUCGACUUCAAAAUGAUACGGAUCGAAUUUGGAAAUUUCAACGAUAUUCAUUAAUAUGUGAAUAUUUAUCUCGACCAUCCUUACCACCACCAUUUAUUAUAUUUUGUCAUCUAUGGCGAUUUAUAUUAUAUGCUGUAUCACCUUGUCUUAAAUCAUCAUGGCUUAAAGCUACAUAUGCUCAACAUACGAAUCGAACUAAAUAUAAAGUUCUUCUUGAUGAAAAAUCUGCAAGUAAUAUUGAAAUAGCUGAAGAUGCACUUGGUGAUGAAGUUUAUUAUAAUUAUUCGAAAGUUGGUAGAAAAUUAGUUGAUGAUAACGAUCUUGAUGAAGAACGAAUACAAUCUCCACAAGAAAAUAUAGUAAAUAAACUUCGAGUACUUGAAAAUCGAACACAUCUUUUAACUACUCAACAAGCUCAAAUGUUUGAAUAUCUUGAAUGUUUAAUGGAAGGUUUAAGAUCAUUAGGUGGUGAACGUAUUCGAAUGCCAGAACGACGUCGUUUCGAUUUUGAUGAUUCAUUUGACGAACUAACUACUGCUAGUGAUCAAGCAAGACGAUAUUUUCGACGAGAUUCAGUUAUAGAUGAUGUUCGUCGUCAAUCAACUGCUAGUCCUGAAGAAGUACAAACACCAAUAAUAAAUUUUUUUUCAUCACGUCGAAAGUAA